AUAUCCGUUUUCCAUUUGAAAGUAAAUAAAUGUAGAUGCGAAUCAAGUAUUCAACAUUGAUUUUACAAUAAAUGAGAAUCAUGCUUACUAUGUGCCUUAUACACAGCCUUCAAAGCUUUGCCUCAAAUAAACUUCCAUUUCAUUCCAUUCGCCCUUUUCCAUCUUCACCUCUCACAAUCUUUUUGUAAUAUUUCUUCAACAGAAAACAUAAAAUUAGAUUCCCAAAGCAAAGAUUUCAAUCUUCACCGUGUCCGAUGCAACCGUAGAUUCUCAUUUCAGAAGCUUCCUUCCGUGUUUUUCUUCUAACUUCAUUUGUUCAUGGCUCUUCAAGCUCAUCAUCACCAUCCUUCUACUAUGUUCUUCCUCAACAGAAACGGACAAGAAGGGACUGAUUUUUCACCGGAGCUGCAAAAGUCUCAGUUUCCUUCCAUCACCGCCGGAGUUGAUACAAGAAAGCGAGCCAGAGAAGAUUAUUCGGUAAUUGAUUUAGAAACCACGGCGGCUCCGAUGAACCCUCCGCCGUGUACACCGCCGCAGUUUAUCAGCCGUCGACAAACUCAUAAUGCUGUUGUAUCCACCGGUCUCCGUUUGUCUCAGGGACAAUCACAGAGUCUAGAACAACGGUCAUCAUCUUCUCCGAUGAUAGACGGAAACUUCGCCGGAGAAAUCAACCGGCAAGCGGAUGAGUUAGAUAGAUUUCUUCAAACUCAGGGAGAGCAAUUGAGGUGCAUGUUAGCGGACACCAGUGAGAGACACUAUCGUGAGCUUCUGCGAACGAGGGAAGAAUCAGUUAGGCGGAGAUUGGGAGAGAAAGAAGCGGAAAUCGAGAAAGCCACGCGUCAUCACGCGGAGCUCGAAGCGCGUGUCGCACAGAUGGAGAAGGAAGCACGUGCUUGGCAGGUGAGAGCAGGGGCGAAAGAAGCCGAAGCGAUGUCGUUACAAGCUCGAUUGCAGCAAGCUGUUGCUCACGGCGGCGGAGUUACGGCGGCGGCGGAACUAGAAUCAAGAAGCGUAGACGGUGUGGAUGAUAACGAGGCUGGAGACGCUGAAUCUGCUUACGUCGAUCCUGAUCGGUUCGAAUUAAAUGGACCGAGUUGUCGGAUUUGUCGGCGGAGAUCGGCGACGGUGCUGGCUCUGCCGUGUCGACAUUUGAUUCUAUGUAAAGAAUGCGACGGUUCUGUCCGAGUUUGUCCGCUUUGUCUUUGCUUGAAGAAUUCAAGCGUGGAGGUUUUCUUUUCUUAAUGGGCCUACCACGCUUAAGAUGGCCUUUUUAUUAAUUAUAUAAUUAAAUUCAUCGUUUUGUGAUAAUACAGCUGAGUUGGUUUCUUCAUACCUGAAGGUCAAUAAAGGUGAAGAGGUUAACAUGUACAUACUACCACACAGCCACAUGCAGUCCUCUUGUUUUCUUCUUUUAUAAAUUCAUAUCUUGGGUAUUGUGUUUUUGCCA